AUGAGCGAAAUAAAUAAUGAAAAUUCAGACUCAAACCAAAUAAUAGUAGCCGGACCUGCGCAAAGCAAGAACAAGCACAUCCGUAGCGCCUUGAGGAAACGGAAGGGUAGAUUAAGUGCUCAAGCUUAUGAGGAAGAUCAAGAGGCUAUUUUAUCAUCUCCUUUAUUAACCUCAACGCCUAAAACAGUCUCCAGAUCGCUGGUGAGAUUGUACCCAUACUUAAUUGUAGUGGAUAAUUUUUUGAGUAUCAUCACAUGGUCUAAUGACAAUAUUUCUACAAACUUAUUUGGAAUAAUAAUCUUUAUGGUUUGUGUUAUAUAUUUUGGGUUCAUUACAAAGUACUUUGGACAUUUAAUGAUUGUAGGUAUUAUAUGGGUAUAUUUGUUAAUUGAUAGGCACGUUCAGGAAACAAUGGCAUCUUGCCCUUCAUUAGAUGAUAUAAUACAUGUUAUGGAUAGAGUUUCUAUGAAGUCUAGUGCUGUAUUAUCGCCUAUUACUAUUUUAAGUGCUCAGGAUGUUAGGAGACUAUUAUUUACUAUUGCAUUCUUAUCUCCAGUUUACAUCUUCCUUACGAUGUUUGUGCUAUCUCCGAACUAUUUGAUGUUAAUGGGAGGUCUGUAUAUACUUACGUAUCACUCUAAACUGAUCAGAAGAAUGAGAAGGUAUCUGUGGAAGUUCCGCAUCGUGAGAUUACUUGUAUUUUUCAUAACAGGUUUAGAUCUUGGAGGACCAGAUAAUAAUAGGCGUUUGUUUGCUUCCGUUAACAAGAAAAUAAGGUCAUUUGUUUGGAACGAAGUAGGAAACACAUCUAAUACCAAAAAGACUGUUCUAUUCAAGGUUGCUCUUUUUGAAAACCAACGCCGCUGGCUUGGUAUCGGGUGGACAUCAACUAUGUUGAGCUAUGAAAGGGCGUCUUGGACAGAUGAGUUUCUGAAUACUUCUCCUAGCCCAGAAAUGUUUACAUUACCAGAGAAACAAUCUGGAAUGGCAUGGGAAUGGCAUGAUAAAGAUUGGAUGCUCGACUUAACAAAUGACGGAGCAAUCCAGGUUUCCGCUUCUACUGCUAAGACGAAAGUUAAGCCAGGGGCCGAUGAGGGCUUUACUUAUUAUGACAAUACCUGGAAUAAUCCCUCUGCAACAGACACAUAUAAAAAGUACACAAGAAGACGGAGGUGGAUCAGAACUGCUACGGUGACCACGACGUAUGACGAUGAGCCUACCGUAGAAAAGGCUUCAAUAAUUUCCCAUAUUUCAAAGAGCGAAGAUAAUAAAGGCAGGAAAAGAAAAGUUUCAUUCAGUACAUCAAAUGAGGUGCAUAUUAUACCUUCCUCGAACAACAGCAAAUUAAUAGAAAUGUGUGAUAUCGCAAUGGAGAGUUCUCCAUAG